UAUUCAGACUGAAUACGUGUGGCGCUGUUGCUGUAGAGUUAGUUUACUGCUGGACUGGGACGGGAGUACAAGCUGGUCGCGGAUGUAAACGAGGGUCAUUUGUGAUUUAUUGUGAUUUUAUCGUUGGGACAAAUUAAAGAAUGGACAUUCUUAGGAGGUAAGCUGAUACUCUUGUGGGAAUAGCCAAGAUAAGGAUAAAAAAAAAAACGAAGCCAUUUUCUGACGCUACAGGGCAAAUAGUUGCACAGUUGCACCGCUACAUACUGCAGUUCUGCGGGGUGAGUGUUUACGGGUUGUCUGGCUAGCCUGCCAAGGGAGAGUUAGCUGGCUAGCUAGGUGGUUAGUGUUUUGGAGUGUUCGCUCUCCCUCCCUCUACUUUCCCAUAAGCAUGGCGCUGAGAGCGAGAGCAUUGUAUGACUUUAAUUCGGAAAAUCCCGGGGAGAUAUCAGUGCAGGAGAAUGAAAUCAUAUCUUUGCACAGCCAACAAGACAUUGAUGGAUGGCUGGAGGGAUCGAAUAGUAAAGGGGAAAGGGGGCUCGUCCCCGCGUCCUAUGUAGAAAUGAUCAGAAACGACACGGCCACGUCACACAACAACAGCACAUCUGGAGAUGCAUACCAAGGCUCCCGUUAUGCCAACAUUCCCUCGGGUGGGUUUGACGCGUCCUACAAACCCAACAACCAAGUCGAAAACUUUUCAAAGGCGCCAGCCCCUGCUUUCCCAACUUUCUCUGCCCCGGCUCAACACCAGCAGCAGCAGCACAACUAUCAGGCGAGCCAAGGUAGCGACGACGACUGGGAUGAUGACUGGGAUGACAGCUCAACUGUGGCCGACGAGCCAGGUGUUGUCAGCGGAGGUUUCCGUGACUUUGAGGGCAACGGGCCCUCCACGCACCGCAUAUCCACGUCGUCCAUGGCUCGGGGAGGAAACGCGCAGCAAGCGAAGAGCUCUGCGACCGUCAGCAGAAACCUGAACAGGUUCUCGACCUUUGUGAAGUCCGGAGGCGAAGCGUUCGUGCUGGGGGAAGCGUCUGGUUUCGUGAAAGACGGAGAUAAGAUAUGCGUGACUAUGGGACAGUACGGCCCAGAGUGGCAAGAGAACCCCUACCCGUUUGCCUGCACUAUUGACGACCCCACCAAGCAAACCAAAUUCAAGGGCAUGAAGAGCUAUAUUGCCUAUAAACUGACACCCUCUCACACACAGAACCAAGUGAGCAGGAGAUACAAGCAUUUUGACUGGCUCUAUGCUCGACUGGUGGAGAAGUUCCCUGUCAUCUCAGUCCCUCACAUCCCAGAGAAACAGGCCACUGGGCGCUUCGAGGAGGACUUCAUCUCUAAGAGGCGGAAAGGUCUCAUAUGGUGGAUGAACCACAUGACCAGUCACCCAGUGCUGGCCCGGUGUGACGUCUUCCAACAUUUCCUCAACUGCACCGACGAGAAGGCCUGGAAGCAGGGAAAGAGGAAGGCCGAGAGGGACGAGAUGGUGGGAGCCAACUUCUUCCUGACCAUCAGCACCCCGGCAGCUCCACUGGAUCUACAGGAGGUGGAGAGCAAGACCGACGGUUUCAAGGUGUUCACCAAAAAGAUGGACGACAGCACGCUGCAAGUCAAUGCCACCCUCAACGAGUUUGCCCGAAAGCAGAUAGCAGGGUUCAAAAAGGAGUAUCAGAAAGUAGGACAGUCGUUUAAAUCACUGAGUCAAGCAUUUGAAAUUGACCAACAGACAUACUCAGUGGGAUUGAACCAAGCCAUCGCAUACACUGGUGACGCUUAUGAGGCCAUUGGAGACUACUUUGCAGAGCAGCCAAGGCAUGACGUAGAUCCAGUGAUGGAUUUGUUAGCGCUCUACCAGGGACACCUGGCCAACUACCCUGACAUCAUCCAUGUUCAGAAAGGUGCGCUGACAAAAGUGAAGGAGAGCCAGAAGCACGUGGAAGAGGGCAAGAUGGAGGGGCCGCAGGCGGACAGCAUCCGGGAGCGCUGCAACAUCAUCUCCUUCGCCACCAUGGCCGAGAUCCAGCACUUCCACCACAUCCGCGUGCGCGACUUCAAGUCCCAGAUGCAACACUACCUGCGCGAGCAGAUCGGCUUCUUCCAGAAGAUCACCGGCAAGCUGGAGGACGCCCUGCAAAUGUACGACAAGGCUUAGGCCACAAAAUGAAAGACCCCCUCCUCCUCCCCCCCACCUCCCACACCACCCCCUACCGCUCACCCCCAUCCGUGACCUGCUGCUGUUGUGCGUCCAGUGGUUGACCUCAUGGGCUCCUGCUUCUCCCCACGUCUGUGUUAAACCCUGGCCAGCUAGGGCGAGAGAAUGUGUUAGCCAGCCAGCUCUGUUCUUUCCCCAGCAAUACAAUGGACGGAACCACGAGCGAAACUAUUUGGUGACCACUUCCACCCCCUGAUUGCAAGGUGCAUUCCAACGAGAAAGAGAGAAAACAAACAUCUGGAAUUCUGCCACUUUUCAGCCACUGGCAUGAAAUAAGCUAGAUAAGGCUUAUAUGGAGGAUAGGGUAAAACAUUGCUUAGCAUUGUGACCUUUGACCCUGAGGCAGAGGGGUCAGACUGAUCUCCUUUUGAGGAGGAGGAGGAUCUUUGGCUGCAAACGGUCACAGCGGGCCUGACCGCUCACAAGCAUGUGUGUGUAAAUGAGGAAACAGAAGGACACACGGCGUUGGCCUUAGGCUGCUGUGAGACUGUCAGAGGGGUGAAUGUAUGUAAUGGCGGGUGGGUCACUACCAGCGCUUCUGCAUCUGGGAGAGGAAGUAUCUUACAAACAAAUCUUACAGACAAAAGUACACAAAGAUUGCUUGCACAAUGUUACACUGUUACAAUGGCCUUAUCACUCUGUUGAAAUGCUGUAUGGAGAAGCUUCCCCUCCUCUUAGUCAGGCAAACUAGAAGAAAUGUUUACAGAGCCUUUGCAGAGCAGCUGCCAUCACUGUGUUGUGCCUUUCAACUAUGUCCUUUUUUAGUGAUUUUCUAAUUUCUAUAAAAAAAAUGACAAAAUAAGUAUAUGUGUGUACAUAUAGUUUCAGAUUUGUAUUUACAAACCUUCAUUUUACAGUCAAUCUUUAAAACAAAUGGCUACUACUAAGUGUUUGUGUCGGGACUGGGCUGUGUGUGAGCAUUAUGCUUGUCGAGGGGCGGGGAGAUGAACUGUGCUGAUUGGCAAUGCCCUUCUGUGGUGCUCUGGACAACUUUUCCCAGAAUACGUCAUCCUAGUUUAGAGCACGCCAUUUGGUAGGAGAGAGAGAGAGAGAGAAAGGGUGGCUGAGAGAGGGAGAGGGAAAGAGAGAGAGAAGUAGAGAAUACCCUCCCUCUGUAUCAGCAACGUGUCCCAGGGGGAGACAUUUAUUUAGUCCAGGCUUACUUUAUUGAGAUCCCCAAGAGCGACUGAACCUGAAAGAAACACAAGAAGGGAAAUGUGAAGAACAACCCCUGCCUGCUUGUUUCAAACCCAAAUGUUUCGUAAACACUGGUCCACCAAUUAGUGUUUGUUUAAGAGGUCCUGUGGUUUACAGGGUAGACAGUUGACUGGCUGUCAUAUGCCUGUUUUCUGAUGCUGUUCAGAUCAGACAAGCUGUUCCAACUGCAGACCGUGGGAUCCAGGGGGUGGAGUGGGAUCUUGAUCCGACUCCUCCUACUGCAUUUCAUCAGUUUUGCCACAAGACACGUAAUAUUUACUUGUUUUGUUGCUCUACCGUUUCCUCGUUGCAAACAGUCAUAAUAAAACAAUAAUUUGAAAAUGUUUUAAAUGAUUAGUGUACAAACACUGUAGUUUUGGUGUUUCAGUUGCCAAGUUAGUGAUGUUUAACAGCUAAUAUUAAUCACAUUUAGCCUUCAGAAGCCUGGCUAGUAGAAAUUCUCUGGUAACGUGUUAGAUAGCUACCUGGCUGACAAGUUUAUAAUGCAGGGAAGGACUUUCAGUCACAAUUCUGUCAUAUUUAGCAUUACAGAUUCCCCAUUAAUUUUCCUGUCAGUGAUUUUGUCUCCCUUAUGACGUCUCUGCUGACAUCAACAUAAGUGUAACAGUUCACCUUGACCAGCUAAUCGUGAGUUCCGCAGGCUGCAACUUUGCAAAUAUGCUGGUUCAUGUGGUGGAGCAGAGUAUAAAAAAAGGACGGAAUUGGAUCUGGAUCCAACGUCGGCCCCUGGAUCUCGUGUUCUGCAUUGAGGACCUAACUUGAAUGACACAGAUGCCAUUUGAUGGUCUCCUCACUUUGUGUCUCCAUUUUGUUUGAUUUGAUUUUAAUUCAUCCCACCAUGUGUUGGAGUGUCCACACUUGGGUAGAUUAAAGGUUUAAAAUGUUAAUAAAGCCUUUCACAACAA